CCUCAGCACCACAGGGACAGGCUCUGGUUCAGCUGUUGCACAGCUAGAGCAAACACAGCAGAAGCUCUGAUUCCAGGUCUCCUUUACAGCAGUUUACCUUCAAAAGUUUGCGCUUUUCAGAGUCAGCAUGCCUGACAGCUUCAUCCUGGAAUCGGACAAGGAUAAGCGUUACUGCAUUCGAGGCAAACAUGCAGCCAUCAUCUGUGCAGUUGUGGUGAUUUGCUCCUUGGCUGUGGGUUUGGGGGUUGGCCUCUCCAAAUCCACCUCCUCCACAACAGACUCCACAGCAGCCCCCACAGCAGCCCCCACAGCUGGACCUACACCGCCCCCUCCGUCUGACAGAGGGCCCUGUAAGCCUUCAACAGAAACCAGUGGAGACUGGACGAAUUUCCGUCUGCCCGACUACGUGAAACCGACCCACUAUGACCUUCACCUGGAACCAAACAUGGUCGACGACACCUACACAGGCACGGUGGAUAUCCAAGUGGAGGUCACUAAACCCACCCGUCACUUAUGGCUGCACAUCAGGGAGACUUUUGUGAGUGCCAUGCCCAGGCUAAGGAUGGAGGACAGCCAGGGGACACAGAGGGAUGUGAAGGUCAACCGCUGCUUUGAAUACAAACCUGAGGAGUAUGUGGUGGUGGAGGCCACAGAGGACCUGCCCGCCACAGGCCCAGGAGAGGUGUACAUUCUCAGUCUGGACUUCCAGGGCUGGCUGAACGGAUCUGUGGUGGGAUUCUAUAGGGUCAUCUACACAGAGAACGGAGUGACCAAAAAAAUUGCUGCAACUGAUCACGAGCCAACAGAUGCUCGGAAGUCCUUCCCCUGCUUUGACGAACCAAACAAGAAAGCCACCUAUAAAGUCUCCAUCACUCAUGACGAUAAAUAUGGUGCUCUUUCCAACAUGCCACCAGAGGGUCCUUCCGAGGUACUGCCCGGCAAUAAACUAAAAACAACCUUCCAGAAAUCCAUUCCAAUGAGCACCUACCUCGUUUGUUUUGCCGUCCACCAGUUUGGUUUCGUGGAGAGAACAUCUGCCAGUAACAUUCCUUUGAGGAUCUAUGCCCAGCCCAGCCAAUUAGCGACUGCAGAAUAUGCAGCAGACACAACAAAGAUAAUAUUUGACUACUUUGAGGAAUACUUCAACAUGUCAUAUUCCAUCUCCAAACUGGAUAAGAUCGCCAUCCCCGACUUCGGUACUGGUGCUAUGGAGAACUGGGGGCUCAUUACCUACAGGGAGACCAACCUGCUGUACGACGAGAAAGAGUCUUCCUCCAGCAACAAGCAGCGCGUGGCGAGCGUUAUCGCCCAUGAACUGGUUCACCAGUGGUUUGGAAACAUUGUCACCAUGGAUUGGUGGGAUGACCUCUGGCUCAAUGAGGGCUUUGCAAGUUUCUUCGAGUACAUCGGUGUGGAGAAGGCCGAGCCGACCUGGGGCAUGAGAGACAUUAUGAUCACUGACGACGUGCUUCCUGUCAUGGUGGACGACGCCCUCCUUUCCUCUCAUCCAAUCAUCGUAGAUGUAUCGAGCCCUGCAGAAAUCACCUCUGUCUUUGAUGCCAUCUCCUACAGCAAGGGAGCUUCUAUUCUCCGCAUGCUGGAGGACUGGAUAGGAAGGGAUGUAUUCAGAGAUGGCUGCCGGAAAUAUUUAAAGGACUUCUAUUUCAAAAACGCCAAAACAGCCAACUUCUGGACAUCAAUGGCCAAUGUAAGCAAGUUACCCGUUGCAGAAGUUAUGGACACAUGGACCAAACAGAUGGGCUACCCUGUCGUAGAUCUCACCGUUUCAGAGACAAACACCAAACUGACCCAGAAGCGUUUCCUCCUGGACCCCUUGGCUGACCCCAGCCAGCCCGCAUCACCUUUUCAAUACAAGUGGACGAUUCCAGUCAAAUGGUUCUCUGUGAAAAGUGACAAGAAAGGGGAGACGAUGUUUGACAAGAGCACUCCAGAACACGUCAUCAGUAAUUAUUCGGCCUCUGAAGAUGGACUGCUAAAGAUAAAUAACGACCACAUUGGAUUCUACAGAGUCAACCAUGAAGACCAUAUGUGGACCUCUAUCAGCCAGCUGCUCAUGACAAACCACACGGAGUUUGAUGCAGCUGACCGAGCAAGCUUCAUCGAUGAUGUUUUUGCCCUGGCAAGGGCUGAUAUUAUAGAUUACGGUAAUGCCUUCAAUCUCACUAAAUACCUGGAAGCUGAGACUGAGUACAUUGUGUGGAAACGUGUCUCAUCAUCAAUCGCCUACGUUCGGGACAUGAUGGCCAACAACAAGGACCUGUACCCAAAGUUUCAGGUGAGUAUUUGAAUAUUCACAUCAUCAAGACAUUUAUUUGGAAUCCAGCUAAAUAUCUGAAUGAAAUAGAAAAAAUAUACUUUUGAUGGUGUAUUGACUGCUUUAUUGUGCAGGUUGCUAAGGGAAACUGUCCUCAGCAUUGCAUGUGGCGUGGGAGACAAGGAUUCUUUGGACCAAGCAUCCAUUCUAUUUGACCAGUGGAUUGAUAACACUCUCAGCAGCGUCCCCGUCAACCUGAGGCUACUGGUGUACCGCUAUGGCAUGAAGAAUUCAGGGACUCCAGAGAAGUGGAACGAGAUGUUCCGAAGGUACAAAAGCUCGACUCUGGCUCAGGAGAAGGACAAGCUUCUGUACGGACUGGCAUCGGUGGACAAUGUGGAGCUUUUGAACAAUCUUCUGGAAGCCACCAAAAAUGAGAGUGUGAUAAGAAGUCAGGACCUGUUCACAGUGGUGCGGUAUGUGUCGUACAACCCAGUGGGUCAGAAAAUGGCCUGGGACUGGACCACCUUAAACUGGGACUUCCUGGUCAACAGAUACACCAUCAAUGACAGGAACCUUGGCCGGCUGCCCUAUUGGAUCACAACCACCUACAACGAAGAGCUGCAGCUGUGGCAGAUGGAGAAUUUCUUCAAACUGACUCCAGAUGCUGGAGCAGGAGAGAUGCCCAGGCAGCAGGCCCUGGAGACAGUAAAGAACAACAUCGAGUGGACCAACAGGAACCAGGCUGAAAUUGCAGCAUGGUUGGAGAGCAACGCUCCUAAAAAGUGGGAAUUUUAACCCAGUCUGCUGCGUUCUGUAAAAAAUCUUAGUUUAGUCUCCAUGUCUGUGAGGAAUUCACUCCCAGUGAAACAAAGACAAUAAUUAAUUUUGAUUCUGAGCAUUACUGGGGAAUUAGCCAAACAUUUUCUGUUCUUUUCUGCAUUUGCCUCAAACCUUUUGAGUAAAACACAAAAUAAACUUCUGAAAGAAAUUAUUACAAUAAUAUUAAGUAAUUGAAGUUAUUUAUGAUAGGACCUAAAUAAUAUUCUUGUAAAGAUUCUUGUAAAAUGUGUAUUUUUUUAAUCAGGUCUUAAAGAACA